AUGAGCUCCUCUAUGCUGUGGAUCUGGGCCCCCGACGGGCAGUGGGAAGCUGCAACGUUUGGAUUUGAGCCCUAUAACUUCCCUUUCGCCAGUUAUGAUCAGGUGCAGAACUUCGCAAAUCUCAUGGCUUCUGGAGAUAUUGAUUCCUUGAUUUCAUCGCUUCCGACCAUUUUUACGACCGAUGUGGAUCCCCAGACUAUCUACAGUGUCCUACUCCAGCAACAGUCACAAAUAACCUGGCUAGGCGAUUUCUUCUUCCCAGAAGAGCCAGAGGAUGCUCUUUGCUUUGAACUGGAGGAAGUGGGGGAAUUUCUCCUUGGAUUUUUGGCUGGUGCAAUGACCUAUCAGAAAAAAAGCAAGUAUGUGAAGGCACCACCAGCAGCUUUGGCUCAGACCAAGCCACCUGCUAAGGUACCAGAGGCAACUUGA